AUGUCCCAUGCUCUCCUAUUGCGCCUCUUCCUCUCCUCCUCCUUCUUCUCCGUCCAUGUCGCCCUCCAGUACCUCAACCACUACGCCGACAAUAUAGGAAUCACCUACUACCUUACCCGUAGGCUUAGGGAAUUCAAUACCCGUGAAUUGCGCGACGUCUGGGGUUUCGUAUGUCAUCUCCUUGUCACUAGAAACACCAAGUCGCGUGCGCUGGAGGCCUUUGUGGUAGAAACAGCCCAAAGAUCUACCCAUAUUGCGCUUCUGACGCUAUGGUUCAUGCAAUCCGCGUUGAAGGACCUGGCCGUCUCCCGCCACGAUAGCCUGUCUUUCUUAAUUUGCCAGCGUGUCCUGCACCAAUGCCAUGAAAUUAUAUUCGGAGAUCUUCCGCCGCUUGCGACGGCACCGUACGCAUCAUUGAAUUUACCUUUCCAGGCGAGGUUACUUCGCAAAAAGGUCAAGCCAAAUGCAGAACCAGCGCUGGUAGGGAUCGGUAUGGUUUUGGCGGGGGUACCGGCCAUGCCACCGUUGACCGAAAUCAUGGGCCAAGUAGCUAUUGAGCAAGGAAGGGCGGACCAGGAGCGCGCAUCUAUUCGAGAUAUAGGCGGCAGAAAUGACGACACGGCGCCCCAACCCACUGUACACGCCUCCACCGUCGACGAACCCGCAGAUGCGGACGAUGACGAGCCUGACAGCCCGGGGACCGCUACUCGUGUUCCCCAGAAUCAACCUCGGGGCCUAGGACUGAUUAUAGAUGAUGCGGAUCGUCCAAAGCAACUCCCUCAUCGUAAGACAGUCAGCGCGGCCCAGACCACCCCCGCAUUACCGUUGCACCUCCUCGCCGACAUAAAGUCGUCACGCUUCUCCGAGGAUCCUCUUGGUUUGGCCGACGAUGAGUUGCCUUCGUCUCCCAAGGCUCCGUAUCAGUCUUCGCCGUCCAUUUCUUCGCGCAUCGUACCGUCGCGGAAUACGACUUAUAAUUACGGUGAUAGCCUCUUGCAGAAGUACGACCCGUUUGCACAAUCCCAUUUACUCCGCGGCCACUUUUGUCGAUCAGAGGUCCAAUUCAUACUCGCGUUAGAGAAUAUAUCCAACCGGCUUCUUGUGAUACCUAAACCUGCUCGUGUUAGUGCACUGAGAGCAGAGCUAACCGCCUUGAACCAUAAACUCCCAGCAGAGGUCUGCAUGCCAAUGUGGUGCUCUUCGACGGACACACCCCGGGAAGGCAAUUCCUCAGAACCCCACCACCGCAUAGUCCGCAUUCCUCCUGGCGAAAGUGUGGUUCUCAACUCGGCUGAGAGGGCGCCGUACUUGCUUCUCAUCGAAAUAUUGCAUGACGAUUUGGAUUUUGAUCCAAGCAAGCGGAAUAACAAGGACGUGCUUAGGAAGAUAGUUCUCAAGGAAUCCGAGCGCAAGGGUGCCUCCAAGGACUUGAUCCCUUUCAACAUCCCAUCGUCGCAAAGCAAGACUUUGCCGACAGAGCCCAGCACUGGUGUAGAAGCAGAUGCAAACGCUUCCACGAUUCCAGGCCCCGCGUUCGCUGCGUCGCCGAUCACCUCCACGUCCGUGCCCGCGGAUGAGGAAGAGAUUGAUUUGGUGGAACAGUUGUAUGGCGCCGAACAUUCACUUCGUUCUGUCCCAGUGGACCUCUCUGACAGCAUCGUCCUGCGGCCAGCUCCAAAGAAUAAGGAACUCGAUAUGGCGGCCUGGUCAAGAUUAGGUUCACAACCAACCACUCCUGCUCUUUCUCAGGGAACACCCUUCGCUGGAGGCCGCCCGAAUCUCCAUAUCUCUCCCAGCUUUUCUUUCGGACCUUCCCCCGCGGCGACGCCAACCAUGGCAUCCGUGACACCACAGAGCCAAAUAUUGACGCUGGACGACUAUUCAGAAAGAAUGCGUACAGCGGCAGUAAUGCUUGCGCAGUUGAAUUUGAAUCUUGUUCGCGAACCCAUAACGUCUGUUACACUACCAAACGGCCAACCUAUACUGCCGGAAUCAUCGUCUGGACCUUUGAGCUGGCUUCCUGGCUCACGCUGGCUGCUUGAUCAUUCAACACCCUCGUCACCCUCACAAAAUGGCGUGAACUCCCCCAUUGAUCAUCCGCAGCCCGCGCCAACAAGGAUGCGAUUGCAACCCUCCGAGGCGUAUGCUAUCCGAGAUCGCAUCAUGAAGGAAAUGAUUGCUUUGGAAGAAGAACGCGUCGAACGAAUGCGCGGGGAUCCUCAAGAUAUCAUGCCCAUGGAUAUCAGUGGUUCUUUGAAAUCAGCCGAAGAUGAGAGCAUCAUUCGGCGUGAACUCAACAAAGCUGAUCCCUCUGCCGUCGUGUUCAGCGAAUCUUGGGCAGUCAAGAAAAGCAGAAUACGACACGGUUCUCCAUAUGGCCAUUUAGCUAACUGGGAUUGUGUCUCUGUCAUUGUGAAGACUGGCGGCGAUCUCAGGCAGGAGCAACUAGCUGUUCAACUGAUACAGCAGUUUGAGCGGAUAUGGAAGGAAGAGAAUUGCCAGUGCUGGGUUCGAUACUUUCGAAUAUUGAUAACGGGCGGUUCAUCGGGCUUGGUGGAGACCAUUACAGACGCAGUGUCCAUUCAUUCCAUCAAGAAAGCGGAAUACGCCCGUCGGCUUGCGGAGGGUCGAUUCGGACAUGUUACAUUGCUUGAUCACUUUAAAUCGACAUACGGGGACCCAUCUUCAGCCAAGUUCGCUCGCGCUCAGAGAAAUUUCGCCAAAUCACUAGCAGGUUAUUCUGUGGUGACCUACCUUCUGCAGAUUAAAGACCGUCACAAUGGCAAUAUUCUCUUGGAUCGCGACGGGCAUCUGAUACACAUUGAUUUUGGCUUCAUGUUAUCGAACUCCCCUGGCAACAUUGGUUUCGAGGCCGCGCCAUUCAAACUGCCCCCUGAGUAUGUGGAAAUAUUAGGAGGCGUGACAGGGGCGCCUUUCUUGGAGUUUAGACGGUUGUUCCGCGAAGGAUUCGAAGCUGCGCGCAAGCACUGUGAUGAAUUGAUUACUCUCGUUGAAUUGAUGCAGAAAGAUUCGACACUGCCAUGUUUUGCCGCCUUCGGGGAACAAACAGCUGUACAAUUCCGCGAACGUUUCCAACCAGCACUCACACAUUCCCUCGUUGCUGAACACGUUGAACGUUUGAUCGAUAAUUCUCUUGGGUCUAACUGGACGAGGCUGUACGACUCAUAUCAAUACUACUCACAAUCUAUUCUGUGA